AUGGCUAGCUUGGCAAAGAGUGUCUUCCCGAAGCUGACUUUCAACUCGUUGGGCCUCUUUCGAAACAUCAAGACCCGGCGCCACAAAGACCUGCGGAACCUGGCAGGGUCUUUGAAUGGUGUCGCCCCCUUUUGCAAGUUCAAAGGCGGCGGGAUUAGGAUCCACAACGACGCAGGUUUUUCUGAUUUGCCAGUCGCUGAGGGCCCGGUGUUCUUUGAUGCUUCAAAGGAACACGAGACUCUUGAAUGGUCCGGUGGACCGCGUCUGGUUCUUGUGGCAUUCAGUGUCGCCAGGCUCUCUGGCCUGAGCAGCACAGACGUCGACCUCCUGCACCAUUUGGGUUUCCUUUUGCCAGAUUCAAGCUUUGUAAACUUCCCUAAAGGACAUCCGGAAGUGGCUGCCAGCACCACCUCCGCAAUGCAUGGUGCUCCUACCGGCAUUGUGUUAGAUGUCUUCGCGGGAGAUGCAGGGUUGUGCAAAGCCGCCCAGAAAUCUGGUUACCACGCCAUAGCCUUUGACAUAAAUCCUCAGAGAGCCCAGUUUCCUAUCCAGCCACUCAACCCCACUAAGGUCGAUGAGAUGCAAAUACUUCUUGAUUUGGUGUCUGAACAUGCUGCCAGCCUGCUUGUGGUUCAAUGCACGGUGCCGCUGCUAGGAGCUUUCUUCUCUCAGGAUCGCGGUUCGCCGACGUUUGCAACUGCCUUAGCAUCAGCAGUCAGAAACCUUGUCGAUCAUUGCGUGUCAUUGGGAGUGCCGGUUGCAAUCCUGCACCCAGCAUCUUCAACCUUUUGGGAACAUCCUGCCGUGACAAAACUUUGGUCGUCGCCAGGCGGUCAAUGGACCACGUUUGACCAAUGCAUGCAUGGUGGAGCACAGGACAGACGAGCACACUGGUGGUGCACGACUUCACUUUUUGGCGCUUUGUCAGCCCUGUGCGCUAAGGACCAUAAACAUUUCUCGCAACCGUCUUCAGCGUCACCUUGGCCCUCACUUCUGUGGCUUAGAGCCGUUGAGCUCCUCAACCAUGCUUGUAGCAAGCCCACAGUGAACGUUCUUGAGUCAAGUUUGAGUGCACAUUGGAUGUGGGCCUCCAAUCCUGACCAUUUUUCAACCUCUGAUGACAAGGACAGCACGACUGGGGUUUGCGGCUCAUGCCUCAAAACCAGUCACGACUUCGAAGACAACGUCGAGGUCGUGUGGGUGGGAAUUCCGCGCGAGCCCGACGAUUUCCUUGCCAAGGCCGUGCUAGCAGGACACCCUAAAGCAUUGCUUGACUCGGAGCCUGACCCGCACAUGCUGAUGCUCAUUGAUAAUCUGCUAGAAGGUUCGGUCGACAGCCCUCAAAAGGGACGCGCCGAGCUGGAUCGGUGGAAAACCCUGAAAGCUAACUUCAGUGAGCAGCAAGAUAGUGUCAGGAAGGAUUGGGAUCCACACGUCAGAGAAGUUCUUGGCGACAAAUCUACGGUGCUCUUGGACUUCCUACUAAAGGAGAUCGACUUCCCUGACCAUCGCCUCGUCAA